GUGUUUAAAGUAUACGGAGAUAACCGUUUAUCCGUAUAUUACAUUUGAGAAUGUCUGAAGGUGAUGAGAGCAAUAGCGACGAGCAAGGCUACGUUUAUUACAGAGACAGGCCCAAUUGGAAAGAUAUAGAGCCUAUUCCUCAAGAUGACGGGCCCAAUCCAGUCGUACAGAUAGCAUACACUGAUAAAUUUAAAGAUGUUUAUGAUUAUUUGCGGGCUGUUAUAAGGAAAGGAGAGAAGACGGAGCGAGUUCUUGAGCUAACAAUGGACGCCAUCGAAUGCAAUCCAGCUAAUUAUACUGUUUGGCAUUAUAGGCGUGAAGUAUUGCAAGAGUUAAAAAAGGAUUUAAAGUCUGAGCUUGAGUUUGCCGAAGAGACAGUUCUAAAUGAACCAAAGAACUAUCAAGUUUGGUAUCAUCGUCAGAAGCUGGUAGAGUGGUCCAACGACCCAUCAAGGGAGCUCUAUUUGACGGCCGAAGUUUUUAAAGACGACAGUAAGAACUAUCACGCUUGGCAGCACAGGCAAUGGACGAUAAGAACGUACGGACUAUGGUCUAAUGAAUUAGAGUUUGUGGAUGGUCUCCUCAAGGAAGACUUUAGGAAUAAUUCUGCAUGGAACCAAAGAUACUUUGUGAUCAUUAAUACGACAGGUUACACGGAGGAGGUUGUGAAGAAUGAAGUCAAGUAUGUGAUUGAUUUCAUCAAAGUAGCACCAAAUAAUGAAAGUGCAUGGAACUACCUUACUGGGAUACUUAAAGGUGGCCGUAUAUCAGAUCAUGAGCCAGUCUUGAAGCUGAUCGACAGCCUAAGAUCCCAGCAUGUCCCUUCUCCUUUCCUUCUCUCUACGAUGAUUGACGUUUAUGAAGAAGAGGUUGCUAAUGGAAAGAAGGAGAGUCUUGAAAAAGCAGUAAAGAUAUGUGAAGAGUUAGGAUCAAAGAUAGAUCCAGUUCGGAAGAGAUACUGGGAAUACACCAGUAGGAGAUUAAUAUCAGCAUAUGGCCCAUUGGAUUCCACUUAGGAUCAUAGUUUAACAUUUAUUUUUAAAUUGGUCUUAUUAUUAUUAUUAUUAUUAUUAUAAAAGAAAUGAAAGAAAUAAUGUGUGAAACAACUUCUUCGUACAGCUUAGUUUUAUUUAUAGUUUUAUUAUUAUUAUUACUAAUUAUUAUUAUUAUUAUUUCUAUUACACGAGUUUCUUUGCCUCGAAGAAUCCUUUAAGAUGUCUCAUUUGCCAAA